GGCAGCACUGAUAUAUGGCACUGAUAGGCGGCACUGACUGGCACUGUUAGGUGGCACUGACUGGCACUGAUAGGCGGCACUGACUGGCACUGAUAGGUGGCACUGAUUGGCAGCACUGAUGGCAUUGAUAGGUGGCACUGGCUGGAACUGAUGGGUGACACUGAAAGGCAGCUCAGAUGGGCACUGAUUUGUGGCAUUGAUGUGCACUGGCAGGCACUGAUAUGUGGCAUUGAUGUGGCACUCAUGGGCACUGGCACGUGGCACUGUUCAGCACUGACAGCUGACACUGAUGGACACUGACAGGUGGCACUUCUGGGGCCACACUGACCAU